UCUGGCUGAGCUUAUCAUCAAGGGUUGAACACAGGCAUCUUCAGCUUCCAAGAAUGUAGAAAAUGAGAGGAGGGGAAGAAGGCAGGUCGCUGGAGAGGAGGCUGCUUUGUUGUCUUUCCCCCUUCGAUCAAUCAGAAUUCCAGACAAGCGUGGACUAUGGAGUUAAAUUCGGACCUCUCAAUCUGUCACCUGACAGUCUUGUGGUUCUGGAUGAAUGUGGUUCAUUGCUAUUAUUAACCUGGGUUGGCAGCUGGUCCUCCUAACAGGAGUUCACAGAGAUUCCGAAAAGUGGAGCUUGCUCAAGGGACAAAGAUGCUUCCCAGCUGGCCUUUGCCGGAGUAUGAUCCAAGUCAGAUUCGUUUAAUUGUAUACCAGGACUGUGAAAGAAGAGGGCGAAAUGUCUUGUUUGACUCCAGUGCAAAGAGAAGAACCGAAGAUUCCUCAGUUUCAAAACUCUGUAACGAUGCUCAGGUAAAAGUCUUUGGGAAAUGUUGCCAGCUCAAACCUGGAGGAGACAGUUCCUCUUCUUUGGAUAGUUCGAUCAAUUCCUCUUCUUCAUCUUCUGAAACAAAAGAGCAGUGUUCAAAAUAUCAGGGCUCCCGGUGUUCUUCAGAUGCUAAUAUGCUUGGGGAGAUGAUGUUUGGUUCUGUGGCUAUGAGCUACAAAGGUUCAACCCUAAAAAUCCAUCACAUACGCUCACCUCCACAGCUUAUGUUAAGCAAAGUUUUUACAGCUCGAACUGGAAGUAGUAUCUAUGGAAGUUUAAACACGCUUCAAGAUAGUCUUGAGUUCAUUAAUCAGGAUAGUAACACGCUAAAGCCAGAUCACAGUACAAUUAUGAAUGGACUGCUUGGAAACAUAAGUUUUUCACAGCUUUGCAGCCCUAGGCGGGCAUUCUCUGAACAAGGUCCGCUCCGCCUGAUCCGGAGCGCCUCUUUCUUUGCAGUUCACAGCAACCCUAUGGAUAUGCCUGGGAGGGAGUUGAAUGAAGACAGAGACAGUGGAAUUGCAAGAUCUGCAUCUCUUAGCAGUCUGCUUAUCACUCCAUUUCCAUCUCCGGGCUCUUCGCUAAACAGAAGCUGUGCUAGCAGUUAUCAUUACCAACGGCGUUGGCGUCGCAGUCAGACAACCAGCUUGGAGAAUGGGGUCUUCCCUAGAUGGUCUGUGGAAGAAAGCUUUAACUUGUCAGAUGACAGUUCCAGCCCGAAUCCAGGAAUUGUCAGGAAAAAGAAAAUAGCUAUUGGGGUGAUAUUCACACUUUCAAAGAAUGAAGACGAAAACAGCAAAUUUCAUGAAUUCUUUUUCUCACACUUCCCUCUUUUUGAGAGUCACAUGAACAAACUGAAGAGUGCAAUAGAGCAGGCAAUGAAAAUGAGUCGCCGAUCAGCUGAUGCCAGCCAGCGGAGUUUGGCAUAUAACAGGAUCAUAGAUGCCUUAAAUGAAUUCAGAACAACAAUUUGUAAUCUCUACACCAUGCCACGGAUUGCAGAACCUGUGUGGCUGACUAUGAUGUCGGGAGCAUCCGAAAAGAACCAGCUCUGCCAUCGUUUUAUGAAGGAAUUUGCUUUCUUAAUGGAACAGGCAUCUAAGAAUCAAUUUUUACCAGCUCUUCUGACUGCAAUUUUGACAAACCAUUUGGCUUGGGUCCCAACUGUUAUGCCAAAUGGCCAGCCACCUAUCAAAAUCUUUCUAGAAAAGCAUUCCUCGCAGAGUGUGGACAUGUUGGCCAAGACUCAUCCAUACAAUCCAUUAUGGGCACAGUUAGGUGACUUGUAUGGAGCUAUUGGGUCACCUGUGAGGCUAUCAAAAACAGUUGUGGUUGGCAAAAAGCAAGAUCUUGUACAACGUCUGCUGUACUUCCUCACUUACUUCAUACGAUGCUCUGAGCUGCAAGAGACUCAUCUCCUGGAAAAUGGAGAGGAUGAGGCUAUAGUGAUGCCUGGCACAGUUAUCACCACCACCCUAGAGAAAGGGGAAGUAGAGGAGUCUGAGUAUGUUCUGGUUACAGUGCACAAAAACAGAAUCAACUUGCCCUUUACUGAGUCUGAAGAAGUGAGAACAUCUAACUGCAGCUGUAAAUAUUGCAAGUGCCCACUUAACCCUGGUCAAAUUACAGAGGAUGUUUCAGCACAGGAGAGGGAUGAUACCCCAGAGACUCCAGAGGUAGAAACUGAGAUUGCUUCUGGUGAAAACAGGACUGUACCUGUUGACUUCCAAGAAAGUAUUGCUGAUGUGAAGCAAUACAAAGAGUUGGUGACCUCUUGCCUGGAUAUAAAGUUAGAGAAAGUGGUUUUCACAGGGUCAGCAUCAGUUGAAACAUGCAAAUUGGCGGUGCCCAGAUUGGAACCAACAGGUGGGUCAUGGAAGAAUGAAGGAUCAGUGGAUUCUGAUAAUCAUCCUGCUGAAGUAAAGAAAUCAACAAAUUCAGUGGUAGAGAAGAAACCACCAGAUAAAAUCUCAUCUGAUGCAAUUCCUUGCAGUACAGCUGAGGCUCAGACAAAGGUGACUUUCCUCAUUGGAGAUUCCAUGUCACCUGAUUCAGAUAUUGAGGUCCGAAGUCAAGCAAUAGCGGAACAAAUGGUCAGGCACAACAACCAGAUAGAGACUGAAGAAGGGAUGACUGCUGAUCAGAACUGUGAAGCAAGUCAUGCCCUUGAGGACCAAAAAAGAGAUUGUACUAUUUCUGAAGCGUUUCCUCAGGCUAUCAGCAAGCUGCAGAGUUUGAAUCCUUACAAUGAGGAAAGCGUGAGCCUGCUUGAUGAAUAUUUUACAGAGGAGAAUUCUGUUGAAACCAGGACUAUUGAUGAUAUUCCAUUGAAAGCAACAGCAGACAUUCUAGACCCCAGUAGUAGCUUAGAAUUUCUCAGAAAAAUAUGUACAAAGAACCACAAACCCUCCAGUGAAUUUUGUAAGUUUAUGGAAUCUGUGCGGCAAGAGACAUGCAAAAACUGCUUUGCAGAGCAGGACCAAAGAGACAAAAUCUCUAUAUGUAUCCCCCAUGGGGAAAAAGAGAGAGUAGAAAAAAAGGCCGACCCUGUUGCAGAUUGGGACAUUCCAAGAAAUGAGAGUUCAGAUAGCGCCCUCGGGGACAGUGAAAAUGAAGAUGCGGUUCACGAUGCGGACAGAACCAACAGUAACUAUUUUGGGGCAGAGCAAGAAGAAUGGGCAGAAGAAGAGGAGAUACCUUUUCCUGGGUCAAAAUUAAUUGAAGUGAACUCUGUCCAGCCCAGUAUUGCCAAUUUUGGAAGGUCCUUGCUAGGUGGCUACUGUUCAUCUUACGUACCUGACUUUGUUUUGCAAGGAGUAGGAAAUGAUGAGAAACUGAAACAUUGUUUGAUGUCAGAUUUGUCACAUGCUGUGCAGCACCCUGUUCUCGAUGAACCAAUUGCAGAAGCCGUCUGCAUUAUUGCAGACACUGAUAAAUGGACAGUGCAAGUGGCCAGUAGUCAGAGGCGAAUGAUUGAUAAUAAACUCGGGAAGGAUGUGUUAGUUUCGAACCUUGUCUCCAACCUGCUUCAUUCCACCCUCCAGCUUUAUAAGCAUAAUUUAUCUCCAAAUUUUUGUGUCAUGCACCUGGAAGAUCGAUUGCAGGAGCUGUAUUUCAAGAGCAAAAUGUUGUCUGAGUAUCUCAAAGGGCAGAUGCGAGUUCAUGUCAAGGAGCUGGGUGUGGUACUGGGGAUUGAAUCCAGUGACCUACCUUUACUGGCAGCUGUAGCAAGUACUCACUCUCCAUACGUUGCCCAGAUUCUGCUCUAAAAUACCAAAGGGCACAGACAAUAACUUUCUUUUUAUAAAAUGGAAAACAAGGAAUCCGACAUAAACCACUCUUGUCCAGGCCCCUUCAUGCCUGCAGGCUAAUGAACUGAACGGCUUGCUUUAGCUGACUUGUGUGCCUCUGCAACUGAACAUAUGUUGUGCAAACAAAUGGACUCUCCUCUCCUGCCCCUUCUUUCUUGGUCAUUCUUUUUAAAAGAAGGGAUAAAUUAAGGCCAGAGUUUCAGCUCACUGGAGGAGAUGCUGGAGUUUGAAGGACGCUAAAUGGUUUGAGCAGAACGGCAAAAAUGGAUGUAAUGCCAAGCUGUUCUAAUCUGGAAAUACAAGAAGGAAUGGUUUCCUCAAAUGAGCCUGUGCAGUGCUGUUACUGUGUAUACAAGAAAGCAAAGUCAGCUGGCUUGGGCGUGAUUUGGUACCAAUUAGAGAAGUAUUUAAAGUAAAUCACCAUCAAGCUACAGUUAUUUGUAGCAGCCUGGACUGUUUGUGCAUUAAAAAGCUGAAAAUCUUGGGAGGGACCUUUAAAAGGGCCAAAAUACCCUACUAAUGCUCAGAAACAUGUUUGUAGAAAUUAGUCUAUUUGAGAUGGGGCAAUCCUGGGAGAACUAGUCAGGGCAUGUUUGUCUGUUCUCCUCAAGGGUGGCUGUGCAAACUGAUCCUUUGCAUUCAGUUUGUUAUGAUGUGAAUGCAGAAAACAAAACAAACAAAAAGGUUAAAAUAUUGACUGGAAUUUGUAUACAGGAUCCUGUUUGGGUUUUUGGAGAGAAAAAAAUCACACAUUUUAUUUCUUGAUUGUAUCCCAUUUUAGUUACAGUUCAGAAAAUGAUAGGCACACUUAAGUUACUUUGAAAUCCUUAGGGUUUAAGUCCCUAGUAGUGCAAACCUACGCAAAGUUACUUUAGCAAGGCAGUCAAAAGACUGGGGAGAUUAUGCCGUGUAACUGUAUUCUUCCCAUUGGUUUAAGUUAUACCUAAUGUCUCAGUUUCUUUGGACUGUGCCUGUUGGUUUUUAGCUUAACUGCUUUGUUGCAGUCAGUUUUCAUGAAGAAGAUAUGGGAAUGCACUUACAAAAAUAACCAAGAUUGCAAUACGUUGGAGGGUUUAAAAAAUAUUGUCCUUAAUUACUCAGGUAAAUUUCGUUUGUUGUUUUUAAGAAAGGCCUUUGUAGUUACAGAUUUUGAAGGUGGCUCUGCUUUUACACCAUUUUAACAGUCGUUUCAGCAUCAUUUUAAACAUCUCUCAAGGUACUAGUCCCACCCCCCAAUCUGUUUCCAAUGAAUAGACUUAAAAAUUGUUCACUAUUUUCCGCCAUGCGCCAGUCUUGGUGUUGUCAAAUUGCUGAUGAGGGACCUAUCAGUUAUAAGAAAUACCUACAACAGAUGGAAUGAUUUUGUUCUGAACAAGGUUUACUACCUCAGUUUAUAUAAUGGGACAUGGCAUUAGACAGCUUUUUUUUCUUAGCAUCUAGUUAAACUUCAUUAGCUAUGUUUGUCAUUAGUUUCUUUCAUUUUUAGUGUUCUGAAUUUCAUAGAUCAAUGAAAAGAAAAAAGACAAAAAUUCAUUAAAUCACUAAGAUAACACCAACCAUGUUAUACAUUUAUCAGGUAUCAUAUAGACAUUUCAUUAGUAAUUUUUUGAGAGAAAGAAUGACAGAGAGAGACCCAGAGAGAGAGGAUGACAGCACACUUGAACCUCUAGUUCUGGAGUGCUACUUUUGUUUUCUCUAAAGGUUGUGAUAACACUGCUGGGAACUUGGUACUUGUACCAUAAUUAUAAAGGGCGAAAGCAGUUCACACUCCCUGAUAGCAGCAUCAUUGUUGUUGAACACUUAUGGCCAACUAUCACACCCAUUGUAUCAUGGUUUUCCCUGUACCCAUGCAUUUUUUGGCUUUUAAAAAAAGGUUUAAUUUCCAUUAUUUAUUUAUUUAUUGGUAUGUUCAAGGUUUCUCUACAGCAUGACUGCUCGUGUAGCCAUUUUUAUGUGCACCAGUUGAACAAUGUUAUCCUGUUUCCUGUAGUUGUGCCCCAUCAUUUCACAACAUUUUCUGUGCAUUUUUCCCUUGGAAGGAACCCCAUGUCAGUGUCUGCUGUCACUUUGGCUGCUGAAAAUGCUUCAGCCUUUCUUGAAGUUCUUCCUAUUACACCUAUAAUAAAUCCCUAUUUAAAUCAGGCCAUUUCUCUAGUGAACAAGUGUGAAAACUGGCUGUUGUGAGUUUUCCGAACUGUGUGGCCAUGGUCUGGUAGUUUCUGCUCCUGACAUUUCACCCACAUCUGUGGCUGGCAUCUUCACAGCAAAAACCCAGUUUAUUCCGGCCGUAAAAGCAUUCUACAGUACAUAAAAUGUAAAAAUAUUAGAUUGGAUGCCAGAACAUGGGUUGAUUUCUAGCAGUUGCCACAAGUAUUUAAAUUAAUUAGGAGCAGCAGUGGCGUAGGAAGUUAAGAGCUCGUGUAUCUAAUCUGGAGGAACCGGGUUUGAUUCCAGCUCUGCCUCCUGAGCUGUGGAGGCUUAUCUGGGGAAUUCAGAUU